CCUCUUCUCCGCGGUCGUCGACGCACGCGAAGACUCCGAUGGCCGGAAUUGAUCGCCGUCCGCCCUCUCUGGCCUCCGCCGAUUCCCCAUCGACAAUGAGGCAUUCUUCAUCCUCGGACGCAUCGGUGGUAGCGAAGCCCAAGUGCGGCGUCCGGUUUCUCUUCUUCUUCUUCCGGGCCGUCUUCAUGGCGGCCGCCCUAGCGAUCUUCUUCGUCUUCGCCGGAUUCGCCGCCGUCGUCUUGCUGUUAGUCGCGGUGGGAGCCGUUCGCGGCCGCGAGCGCCGAUCGGUCGCAAGCGACGACGGCGGCGGGGGAGCGCUUCGAGGCCUCUCGCCCGCCCAGUUGAGGGGGCUUCCAUGGUUCGAGUUUCCCGGCGUUGCCUCGUCCCGGCUCUGGACGACGCCCGAUUGCUCCGUGUGUCUGGUGAAGUUCAAGAGAGGGGAGAGGUGCCGAUCGCUUCCCUCCUGCGGGCACGUCUUCCACGCAGGCUGCGUCGAUCAGUGGUUGGUUAGGUCUCCGGGGUGUCCGAUCUGCCGCUCCAUCGUCAGCGAGAUGGGGCCGGAGCCGGCGGAUUUCUAGAGCGUUUUUCAUCUUCCUACGGAUUACAUACUUCAUUCGGGUCUUCGCUUGUUGCUUGUGUAAAUGACUAACAAGAGAGCCUUUUGGAGAAACCAGAGCUUCGAGAAAUUGAACCUUUGUUGUGCAUUUGAUGCCACAUUGUUACUACAAAACAGAUGUGUCUAUAUAGAUUGAUUUGUUAGGAUCAUAAGCGUCUUUUUUCUUUUUCUUUUUUUAAAUAAUCCAGAUGCUAAUCCCUUGAUUUACCUACCGGGUGUAAAUUCCAAAUCCAAAACACAAUUUAUGUAACGGACCUCUAAAAUAUUCAUGAAUUUUGAUCUUUUAUUUAUUAUUGCAUUA